AUGAAAGGUUUAGUUGAAAAUAUUUUCCACUCGACUACAUGCAAAAUGUCUGUGCCAAUUCAAAAUAUAUAUUUCAACAUAAAAGAAUUUAUUGUAAAUCUUUUAAGAAGCUCUCAAAAUCGCAUCAGUGGCAAGGCACAUCAAAUAAAUAACCAAUUUUGCCCCUUUCCAUUAUAUUUAUUUCCAUGUUUACAACCAAAGUCUUUACGACAACUGCCAGAUUUUCUAAUGGAAAACAAAUAA